AUGGGCAGAGUCUUUCUUGGCAGGCCGGGACCAUGGGCCGAUGAAAAUCGCGAGGCAUCCGACCAUUAUACGGCGAAGAUCGGUGGACUGCCCGACUGGCCUUCUCCAUUAAUGGACUGGGGAUCAGAUUUUCUUAAGUGCAGCAUAUGUGGAAAUAAGCUUUGUCUCGUCGGACAGGUUCCUGCUCCCACAUCCAGUGGAAAUUUGAAAGUCGAAGAGCGUGUGCUUUACAUCUACGGUUGCAUAGCUCCGAAAUGUGGGAGCAGUCCCUUGAGCUGGCGAGCGAUUUGUAUUCAGAGAUCUUGUGAAGAAAAAGAACCAAACUCCACUUGUUGCGAUGUGGGAAUAGCUGCCACGCCCUCUGUUUCAGCUGGGAAAAAUGACUGUUGGAAUGAUUUGGAUGAGAAAGAUGAAGACGUGGACUUAGAGGAGCUAGGGCGGGCACUUGCAGAAGCUGCAACUGUUACUUCCAACUCCAAGAAACUGAAUAGACAAGAGAAUUCUGAGGAAGUAGCAAAAUUGUCACCUUCAAGGCCAACAUCAAGACAAGUAAAUGAUUCUCUACCUGGUACAGAUUUCCUAUGA